UGCACAGAUUUUGCACGAAGAGGGGGCGUGGCUGGUUAAAUGGCUGCUCCACUGAAGACCUCACAGCUAGCUGCCUUCACCUUCUGUGCGCGACAGCAUGGCGCGGAUGAGUGCGAUACCAAGGGCCUCCCGCUCACUCCCAACACUACCAACAUCCUGGGCCGCGCACAAUAUCUACUCACGCUACAGCAUCCUCAUCUAGCCGCUUAUCUGCAUUUCAAGAAAACCAAGAAUGAACGUGUGCUAUUGGUGACCGAGUGGUGCGAUGAUUGUCUAGAGAAUCAUGUCAAGUCAGGACGCUAUUCUGAUCCCGCCCACCUCUCCAGACUAACCAAUCAGAUCCUCCAAGCAUUAUCGUACCUCAAUGAUAUUCGAUUGGUUCAUCGUGACCUUUCUCCAUCUCGUAUUCUCCUCACCCCGGAGGGUGAGGUCAAAGUACACAACUAUGGGAUGUACUACAUGACCAAGCUCGGCAAAGAAGUCAAAUUUCCCAUUGGGUCACCACGGUACAUGGCACCAGAGGUCAUUCUGACGGGUCCUGAUACCAUACAUCCCUCCAGUCCCAAGGUUGACGUGUGGUCAUUAGGUGUCAUACUACUGGAGCUAGUCAUGGAGACGCCACUAUACCCUGACCUCUUCCUGAGGAAUGGACUUAAUUCCUUUUUCAAGCGAUUGCUACUACUCAAGGAAAACUAUCAGAGGAAGUCUGUCCAUCCGCUGGGAGCACUGCUGAAGGCACAUGGCGCUGCCGAUAAGAAGUUAUCCUCUGAGCUGUACUCCUUCCUGGAGGCUUGUCUCAUUCCAGUAUCCAAGCAACGAUCUGAUGCCAGAGAGCUGCUACAGCAUCCGUUCAUCACUCGCUACAACCAUCCGACCAAUCAUAUGACAGAACAGAUAGAGUACAAAUUUCUUUCUAGUCCAUUCACUAAUUUGAUUCGCUGCUCUCAACUUGCCACACCCACUAUGGACCACGUGAAUAAGCCACACCCCCUUCCUGAUCACCUGACUGAGCGUCCAAUGAGAGAGGUGUACUACUUGUGGAAUCUAGCCGGAGGAGAGCUGGAGGCAGAGCUAACCAAGAGAGGGAUCAUCCAGACAUGCCCUCCCGUCACCAUAUUGCCACGACUGGUGUUGAACAGUGGUGAGACGUUUGGGUCCCCUCUAAACAGAGUCGCCCUCUAUGAUAGUACCAUCAUCCCACUCUCACUGGAGCAGCUCAGAACGAGACUGGAAACCAUGACAACGCAAGACUAUUUCCCAUUGGAGGAAACAGAGUCAGAGUGCAAAGUUGAGUGGUCCACUCUUCAUGAGUCUGCCAAGUUGCCAUUGACGAUACGAGAGAGUGAUGUGGAGUACCAGUUCCAUCGUGUGGUCGUGUUCUCUCGUCUGCUGGAGGGCUACCCAUACACAAGGGGGCGUGUCAUGGGGGAGUCCCUAGUGGACGUGUGCCCACUGUACAGAGGUGACAUCUGGGCAGCUCUGCUAGGAAUCAAGGGUGACAUUGGACGUGUGUACGAGGCCAUAGACAAGGACACAGCCACACCCACUGAUCGACAGAUUGAUGUGGAUAUCCCACGCUGUCAUCAAUAUCAUCCCCUCCUGUCCUCCAGUGAGGGGCACAGCAAGUUCAGGAGGAUACUCAAGUCUUGGGUGGGAUCACAUGCAAGGCUGGUAUACUGGCAGGGUUUGGAUUCGCUGUGUGCACCGUUUCUCUCUCUCAAUUUCAACAACGAAGCUUUGGCCUAUUCAUGUUUAAGUGCCUUCAUUGACAAAUAUCUGCACAAGUUCUUCCUGAGAGACAACUCUGCCAUCAUGCAAGAGUACCUGGCUGUAUUCAACCAGCUAGUAGCAUUCCAUGAUCCAGCACUGUUCAAUCAUCUGGACAGCAUUGGAUUCGUACCAGACCUCUAUGCCAUCCCAUGGUUCCUGACCAUGUUCACACAUAUUCUGCCCUUGAACAAGAUCUACCACUUGUGGGACACCUUGUUGCUAGGCAACAGCUCAUUCCCGCUGUGUGUGGGUGUGGCCAUUCUCCUCCAGCUACGUGAUGAUCUCCUCUCCUUUGAUUUCAACGAAUGCAUCCUGAUGUUCUCAGACCUACCAGAUCUUGACAUACAGCAGUGUGUGUUUGAUGCUGUACGACUCUAUCAGCUGACUCCGCCCAGUGCCGUGGCUAGACUGCAUGAUCCCGCCCACUCACAGCCUAACAACUGUCUCCCUGAAGCAGCGUGCCGACAGCCCCUUCCACUGGACGUUUUGAGGGCGGAGUCUUGUCCUCGUAUAUCUGCCCAAGAUCUCAUCACUCUCGCUAGACUAGAGCCACAAACCCUCGGCUAUAGCGGCAACUUGACCUCUGACCCCAUCAAGGACAACCCCCUCAUGGCAAGGGGCGGGGCUAGAGGAACAAAAAAGUCACGUCAACGUGCUGUGAUUAUUGACAUCCGUCCAAUGGAUGAAUUCCGGGCAGGUCAUGUGAUCCACUCUCUGAAUAUGCCCCAGGAUACGGCAUUCCUUGCUGAUGGUUCGCUGUCACCGUCACAGCCUGGGCUCGGGCGUGUACCGAGGGGGCGUGUCCUCGUGGUCACUGGUAAUAAGGGAGAUACGGGACCCGUGUUUGCUCGUCAGUUGGUGCGUCUUGCUUUCCCCAAGGUAUGUGUGUUGGAUGGGGGCGCUGGGGUGUUGCGAACACUCGGACUAUUGACCUCUCUUAACAACGACCCUUAGCAACAACUAUUGCUCUAUUUUUAUUACUGAUUUACUCGUACAAUUAGACAGGGUUACAUUCAUUUUGUACAAUUUAAUUUGUUAUUUAAAAAGACACAAUAGAUUCUUCAUCUGC